CAAACUUUAGCUGCCAACCAAUCGGCUUUGCUCUCAUCUGAGCUGUAGGAAGGCUGUGCAGAGAUCUAUGACUGGUUCAGGUCAUCCAGGCUGCCCAUUGGUCUGGAGUAGGGAGUGGGGAAGGGCUGUGGAUGACAGUGGGGUGUUUUUUUUGGGCUGGGGAACUAUAGGAACACCCUGUACUCAGCAGGCUUGCAUGGGACCACAAGUCAGUAGAGUGAACUGUCCGGAGGAUCUUUGCUGAAUACUUAGAUCAGUCAAUUAUCACCCAGCAGGGAGCUUGGAACGCCUGCAGCCUUCUUACGAAGAGCGUUUCACCUCUCACACACCAGGAAGUCCUCCAGAUUGGCUUUGUUUUGAACACAUCUGAGAAUCACAUGUUCUGAACGUUCACCCUGCAUACCUUCCACUGCCCCGAGCAUUCCUGGCUGGUCACCGGUUAAAGUUUAAAGCCUAGUCGCGAUCACUUAUUACACCGUGCUUCGAUGACAGACAGCAGUGGCUUGUACCCAACAUCCAACUCUUGCUCACUUCAAAGUCUUGAAGACCACCUUAUUAUCUCCGAUAUAAUCAACAGGUUUCUACAGUCGAGACGCAGCAGUGACCAAGUUGGGUCGGGCCUGUCUGAAGUGUUUUUGCCCCCGUAGGACGGCACAUAGCCGCUUAAUAAUUUUACCAAAAUUCACAAUUUGCCCGUCAUAUUUUUUAUUUGUUCCCCAUAGAGGGCUUGUAUGACCUGGCAUAGCCAUGAGCCGUUUCUUGGCUUAAUCACACCCGUUGAAAAAUGGCCGUUGGACUUCUGAUGAGCGUUGUUAUUGAAAAUGAGAGAAAGAAUGGAUAUUCAGGUGGGGAAUCGGUAUCUGGUAUGGUGGUACUGGAGCUGCUGGAAGAGACGGAGGUCCUAGGUCUUCACCUGCGGGCUCACGGAGGAGCCGUGGUGUCCUUUACCCAAUGGAGAGGAGGAGACGGGAACCAAAAUACGUCACCUUCUGGAGAACAUGUGGAGUACCUAAAUGAGAGGAUUUCAUUACUGGUCGCAUCGGCAGGUGAAAGACGCAUAUUUCCAUCUGGGAAACACAAUCUUCCAUUUAGUUUCCAACUUCCUGCUGGCAAUCUGGUUACAACCUUCACUGGAAGAUACGGAAAAGUUCAAUACCAACUCUCCGCGGUUUUAGAAAGACCCUCAGCGCCCGAUCUAACCGUCCACCGGGAGCUCCGCGUCACCAGCCGGAUUGAUGUCAAUUCCCCAUCUUUGCUGACUCCCGUAGAAAGAACCAAAGAGCGAAUGGUUGGCUGCUGGUUCCUCACCUCCGGACCAAUAUCACUAAGUGCCAAAAUUGGGAGGAAAGGUUACUGCAAUGGGGAAGCUGUUGCCAUUUAUGCAGAAAUUGAGAAUGGCUCUUCACGUCUAAUAGUUCCCAAAGCUGCUAUAUACCAAACUCAGAGCUUUAUAGUCCAUGGGAAGACUAGAACACAUAAACAGAUGCUAGCAAGUGUGCGUGGAAACCAUAUCGCCUCAGGAAGCACAGAAACUUGGAACGGGAAGACACUUAAAAUACCUCCAGUAACACCCUCCAUCUUGGAUUGUCAGAUCCUCCGUGUGGAGUACGUUCUAGCGGUCUCUAUUCAUAUUCCCGGUGCACAUCGACUGAUGGUGGAGCUUCCUCUAGUUAUAGGCACGGUGCCAUUCAAUGGGUUCACCUACAGGAACUUCAGUGUGGCCAGUCAGUUUACAGUGGACAUGAGUUGGCUUGCCCUGGCACUGUCGGAACACCCAGAAGCACCACCAAAUUACGCAGAUGUUGUUUCGGAAGAAGAUCUUUCAUGGUGUGCCCCACCACCAGUCACAGAACAAGAUGUCUUAUUAGAAGGACUUUGCUUUCCUUCAUUUGCUGUCAUCCAGGAGUUCCGAUUUCAACCCCCACCACUAUAUUCAGAGGUUGACCCACAUAUAAAUAAUACAGCAGAAGGCACCGCACCACCCACCUUAGAGGAAGGACAGCCUACUCAACUAACCUAGUAUCGUGGUAUAACAUGCCAUAAUAAAGAAUGUGAA